AUGAAAUAUGACGACGAAGAGGAACCUGACGAGGAGUACACGCAUGUUGACCCGAUGACAUAUGAAGACGCAAAUGCAUGUGACGCGGAGGUUUUCGAGUUAUUUACGAAAACUCUCUCCAAAUAUUCUCUAUUCACACUUCCACGGGGCCCAGAAGACUACAAGAAUUGGGCUUUUAGCGAACUCAUAGAUAAAGUGUAUUCUGUAAAAGUCAGCUGCGUAGGGCGCCGAAACCACCAACAACAAGAAGUUUAUCUUACCUUAACAGGACUCAAAAGGUGGAUGAUCCGUAUAUAUAAGAAGACAUUCGGCUGGGAUAUGGCGAGCCUGAAGGCACAUUUCAAUUUGCGAGGAGCUUUCAGAGCUUGA